GACAAUGACGAUUGGUAAUUUUGGUUAUAUGCCUGAAUCUAAUGAUUCAAUGGUUUCUGGUCAUGUAGAUUCACAAAUGUUGGCGCACCAAAUGUCAAUGGGAUCAGCAUCGAGACCAAUGGUAGCGCCAAUCUCGUCCUCGACCGAAAAAAUCAAUCCGCAUAUGCUUUAUCAACUGAUAUUAGAUUUAUCCGUUGCUGAAAAACGUGAAUAUGCUCUGAUAGAACUUAGCAAACAGCGUGAAAACUACCCUGACUUGGCUCUGCUACUAUGGCACUCAUUCGGAACUGUAACUACUCUCUUAUAUGAGAUCGUAUCUGUAUAUCACUAUCUUUACCCCUUGACCAUUUCAAUGGCAGACUCUACAAAGGCCUCAAACUCCCUUUCGCUCCUGCAGUGUAUCGCAUCUCAUCCACAGACAAGACAUCAUUUCUUAAGUGCACACAUACCUCUAUUCCUGUAUCCAUUUUUAAAUACUGCAUCAAAGAGCCGUCGUCUCGAAUAUCUAAAGCUCACUUGCCUAGGCGUGAUCGGAGCCCUUGUCAAGAGUGAUGAUGAAGAGGUUAUCAUCUUCCUUCUGGAGACUGAAAUUAUUCCUCUCUGCCUACGUAUCAUGGAAACCGGUUCUGACAUUUCCAAGACGGUUUCAAUCUUUAUUGUACAAAAGAUAUUAAUGGACGACAGAGGCUUGGCCUAUGUCUGUGCGACUGCUGAACGUUUCUAUGCAGUCACCGCUGUGUUGAACAACAUGGUCAUGAACCUCAUCGACUCCCCAUCACGCAGAAUACUCAAGCAUAUUGUACGCUGCUAUCUUCGACUUUCUGAUAAUGCACGUGCACGUGAUGCUCUGCGUAGGUGUUUGCCAGAACCACUUCGGAAAAUAGAUCCGGCCUUUUACCCAUGCCUCAAGGAAGAACCAAUGCUCAAAAAGUGGCUACUGCAGCUCAUUUGUAAUACAGAACCAGUAGAUGACAUACAAAACUAA